AUGGGGGUGGAGCACGCUGCUGCGGCUGCUGCCUUUGGCGGCUCCUCCUGCGUCGUCGCCUAUGGCGCCACAGGUGAGGUACUUCGCCAGUUGGAUCUUGAUCGCUUCUGCCAACGCCUUAGCAGGAUCAGUUGGUCAUUUCCUUUGCUGGUCUUCGGAUUUCUAUUGCCAGGGAGUCAGGAGGAGCGACUGCUUGCCAGCACCACCCCUGCCGAGAUCGGUGCCUUCGAGUUGGGACACCUGGUUAUUGAGGGUGCCAGGGUUGUGCCAGAGCCCACGCCGACCUUCAUUCGCCUCUGCCCUCACGAGAGCGACGGCCGACUGGAGGGCGCAAUGGCCACCAGAACUGUAGACGAGGCUUUCUGCCGGGGCCUCCUGGCGGGAGCCCGUGUGGGGAAGCCGCUGCCCAUGCUCUACUACCUGGACAGGACCGAGGAACCUACAUGGAGGGCGCUGGGUUACCUGCUGCAGUGCCGGAGGAACGGGUUCAUGGUGAUAUUGCCUCUGGAGGUCUCCGUGAAAGCUCAGUUGCAGGCGGCAGCGGAGGAUGCCGAGAUCGAGCCACCGAUCUUCGCCGAGCUGGAAGUGGAGUGCGAGACACAUCGGAAGAGGCCGGUGGGACCUGUGACGGCGUUGUUCUGCGACCUGCCUUGGGCCGCUUUGGGCAGCUUUCGGAAAGCCCAGACCGGCCGAGUGGCCCUGGUGACUCACACUAUCCUGAGCUCCGACCGCGCCGUGGUGAGGCCUUUGGUGGAGUCGGCGCUGGAGGUGGCCGACCGAUGGGUGUCCGAUUCCCUGGUGGGGGAGGCCGCCGAGACCGGGCUGGCGGAGUAUGUCACCGGCGAGUCGGGCGAGGAGUUCGAGCCGGAGCCCGUGCGAGUAUCAGUGCUCAGCUGCAAAGGUUGGAGGCCCAAGCUGCCCAGCCUGCUCCAUCGGAGGCGCCGCCAGCAAGACGACAACCACGAGCUCCUGCUGCACGAGCUUUGUUCCCGGCCGAAACAGGCGAACCCGAGCUGGGCUCGGCCCCAAAAGGCUUUGGGCGAGGACGUGGCUUUGCACGAGCAGGACUUGGAGGCCAACGAGGGCGAGCUGGACUUUGCGGGGGGGUCCAACGAGGCCUUGCUGAAACUGCUGGCAACCCAGACUCAACUGCUGGCGAAGCUCGCCACCCCGAAGGCCGUGGACCCGAUCACAUCGGCAUUGGGUUCAGGAGGAGGCUCGGGCAGCGAAGGCGCCAAUGUCUCAGGCGCUCGGGGCAUGGUGGCGCGGGAAGCUUACCUGAAGGCAUUGGAGAAGCCGACCGAGUUCAGUGCCGCCAUCGCCCGCCGUGCUCAGGCAGAGUUAGGCUGGAGCCAGCAGACCCCGGGCAUGAUGAGAUCGUAUCUGGAACGCAAGGUCCCGCUGAAAGACCAUCGCACCUUGACAUUGAUGGGAUUUUACCUUGCUCACAUGUGGGAAGCAGCUCGGGAGUCCGGAAACAUCGAGUUCGAGAGCUGGGCGAGCCGGGGACUGCUGAUGGUGGAGCAAUGGGCCAUCGACAACGGCCGAUCUCAGGCGGCCUGGUUGCUGAGCGGUCUUCCAGCAAGUCAAUGA